GUCAUCUUUAGUGAAGAUUUGCACCGGAAAUAGACUAUCAACCAAUUUAAUAUUUCUGCUGGAGAAAAUUUUGAUUUUGAUCUUUUUCUGGAGUUCCAUGGCAGCCAACAAAAGCUUUCAACCUAACGUCAUCAAACAACUUUCCAAGGAACUAAAGAAUCUCAAUGAUUCUCCGCCUGAAGGCAUUACUGUCGUUGUGAAUGAUGAUGAUUUCUCUACCAUAUUUGCUGAUAUAAAGGGUCCUGCUGGAACUCCAUAUGAGAAUGGGAUAUUCCGCAUGAAGCUGCUAUUGUCUAAUGACUUCCCUCAAUCCCCUCCCAAAGGCUACUUCAUAACAAAAAUAUUCCAUCCAAAUAUUGCAACAAAUGGUGAGAUUUGUGUCAACACGCUGAAGAAGGAUUGGAAUCCAAGCCUUGGAUUACGCCAUGUUUUCACUGUAAUCAGAUGCUUGUUAAUAGAGCCAUUCCCUGAAUCUGCGCUGAACGAACAGGCUGGUAAGAUGCUGCUUGAAGACUACGAUGAAUAUGCUAGGCUUGCCAGAUUAUACACUGGCAUUCAUGCUCUUAAGGCGAAACCAAAACCAAAGACAGGAGCAAUUUGUGAAUCUACUAGUGCUCUGAAUGUGGAUCAAACAAAUACAGUUCAUGGUGAUAAAGCAUCAUUUCCGCCCACACCUCUUAAUAAUGCUCCCUUACCCUCCAAGAUAUUAGGAAUGGCUUCCCAGGACCAAAAUGUGAUUCCUCCUGCUCCGGCAGCAAAGCCUGUGGAAGCUCCAGUAGCUCAGAAGAAGGAAGCAGCAGCGGCAAUGGUGAAAGUCCAGGCUGAUAAGAAGAAGAUGGAUGCCAGGAAGAAGAGUCUUAAGAGACUGUAAGGGGGGAGGGGGAGGUCAGGAUCUAGGCACUUAGAUUCUCUGUUUUGGAAGGGGGAGGUCAGGAUCUAGGCACUUAGAUUCUCUGUUCUGGAACAGUAUUGGCAGGAUUAAAAGAGUGAUUUUAAGGAUGAUGGUGUUAUUAGUUGUCCUUUAUGGAUGAAAUGUGAUAUUAUCUUCUUAUUCUCUGUUCUGGAUUAGUAUUAGCAGGAUUAAGAGAGGGAUUUUUAGGAUAAUUGUGUCACUUGUCCUGUGAUAUUAUUUUCUUAUUAUUUGUUCUCUGAUCAAUGAUAAAUUCACUGGUUAAUAUUGC